ACUUGGAUAUAUAUAAAUAUAUAUACAUAUUUGGUAAUAGCUACAAUAAAUUUAUUAAUUUCAUGCAAAACAAGGUUAGAAAUUACUAGAAAGUAUUUUGGUGUAAAAAAAACCAAUAUUUUUUAAUUUAUAAAUAUGAAUAGAAAAUUAAAAACUAGAAAAUAGCAACAAAUUAAUCAAAUGUAUAAUUUUAUAUUAAUUGAUCCUUUUCGAAAGUUAUUAUCUUAAGUAAUAAAAUAAUAAGCAUGGCAGGAAUGUCAGGUUACGAACGGGUCUAUCGGGGAAGACCGAUAGAUUCGAGAAGAUAUGAUGAAAAUCCGGAAAAAUAUUAUGAUCGUGAUAUGAUUAGACCAUUGGAUAUUUCAUCAAUAUCAAUGAUACCUCCGGAAAAUGAGCCCGAUAACAAUAUUGCAAUAAAAAAGUCCGUGGGGAUAGGAUGUGGAUUAGCUAGUCUGAUAACAGAAAAUUUGUUAAUCCAUCCAUUUAUUGUUUUAAGAAGACAAUGUCAAGUGAAUCCCCGAUCAACAACUUAUCAUUUAGUUCCAAUAACAUUGAUUCCAGUAAUAGUAAGAUUACAUCAAACACAAGGACUAAGUACUCUCUGGAAAGGAAUAGGAUCAGUUUUAUUAAUACGAGGUUUAACAUUAGCUGUUGAAGAUUUUUUGUCAAAAGUUACACCCUGGCCAAAAGAAAUUAAUAGUGAAAGUUCAAUAAAAGCGUUCGGACAACAUUUACUUCUUAAAUGUGUCUCUAUUGGAAUUGUUGCUCCUUUUUACUCAGCAUCAUUAGUAGAAACAGUUCAGUCAGAAAUUGCAUCAGAAAAACCUGGAAUACUUGACGUAUUUCGUGAUGGAGCUAUAAGACUCCUAGAAGUUGGAUCUAAAGGAAGGCUUAUUCCAAUUUAUGCUCUUCUAGCUCCUCAUGUAGCUUACGGAGUAGCAAAAUAUUUAUUUUCUCUCAUAGUUAGAGGUGUAGUGAGCAGAAUAAUGUGGUUAAGAGAUCGCCAUGCUCAAGAAAGAACGGGAGCAUACAGUAGAGACGUGGUGUCGGAAGCGACAAUUCAAGAUAUUGAACUUCAUUCAGCUCUUAUUUCAAUGUGUGCAGCAGAUGUAGUAUUUUAUCCUCUUGAAACUGUCGUUCACCGAUUACAUCUUCAAGGAACACGAACAAUAAUUGAUAAUUUAGAUAACGGACGGAGUGUUAUGCCUCUUUUGACAGGGUACAGUGGAGCUUAUGAUUGUUAUCGAACAAUUAUUUCAUCAGAAGGAACUCUCGGGUUAUAUAAAGGUUUUGGUGCUCUUAUUUUGCAAUUUGGUAUUCAUUUUUUAGUCCUCAAAGCAACAAAAUACAUUCUUACGGAAAUCGGUACUAUCUUUAAAUCUAAACCAAAAGUUGCUAAGACACCUCAACAAAUUUAUUACAUUGAAUCUUAAAAUAAAUAGAAAAAUUAAUUUUAUUGGAAAAUAUUUAGAUCGAUUACAAUUUAUGAGAAUUUGAUUUU